AUGAACCGAACACUUCAAGAAGCAGCUCUCUCUAUGAUUCUGCAUGCUGGACUGUCCAAAGCUUUCUGGGCAGAAGCAGUUUGCAAUGCGGCCUAUGUAAGAAACCGAGUCAUCACGACUGCGACCGCGGUAACCCCUUACGAAAGAUGGUAUGGAAAGAAGCCAGAUGUGUCUAAUCUUCGUGUCUUUGGCUGUACUGCUUACGCUCAUGUUCCUGAUGCUUCACGCCAGAAACUUGACCAAAAGGCAGUCAAGAUGCGAUUUGUCGGCUACAGCCUUACACAGAAAGGAUACAGGCUAUAUGAGGAGAGUCGACAAAGAAUCUUCAUUCGCAGAGAUAUAACCUUUAAUGAAACAGACUUCGGGUCUACAAAAGUUCAAAUGAAGUGCGACGAAGGCAGUACUGAAUGCGCUGAAGAAGAAAUGGAAUUAAAGGGCAAAGAUGUGAUAACCGUGGAUGAACAGCAAGAUCUCCCGUCCAGACAUAGCCUACGCAGUGGCAGCAUUGGCUAAAUUCAACUCAUCACCGACCGAGGCACAUCUAACAGCGGUCAAGCGUGUUUUUCGGUAUUUCAAAGGAACUGCUCAGCUACGCCUGCAGUACCAAGAAACCGAUGCUAAUGUAGAGGGAUACUCUGACGCAGAUUGGGCUUCUGACUCAGAUGAUCGACGAUCAACGUCCGGAAACGUAUUUGUGAUGUCGGGUGGUGCAAUCAGUUGGGCAAGCAAGAAACAACCAACAGUGGCUCUUUCAACGUCGGAAUCAGAAUACAUUGCACUAUGUUUUGCAACCCAAGAAGCAGUAUGGCUGCGACAACUGAUGAAAGAUCUACAGAUGGAGUGUACAACAGCGACGACCAUAUAUGAAGAUAAUCAAGGUGAUAUCGCGAUGUCAAGGAACCCAGUGCUACACAAGCGGACGAAGCACAUUGAUAUCAAAUAUAAUUUCGUUCGGGAGAAAACUCAAGAUGAGACAAUUGAGUUGAAGUACUGUCCAACCAAUGAAAUGGUAGCGGAUAUCUUGACAAAGCCACUAUCCAAAGGACAAUUUGAGUAUCUGCGAUGUAAGUUGGGACUGAUACAAGGACAUGUUGAGUGA